AUGCUCCAGACUCUGUGGUCCCAGGAGCCAGUGACCUUUGAGGAUGUGGCCGUGUACUUCACCCAGAAUCAAUGGACUAGCCUGGACCCCAUGCAGAGGGCCUUGUACCGGGAGGUGAUGCUGGAGAAUUAUGCAAAUAUGACUUCCUUGGGAGCAUUUCCAUUCCCCAAACCAGAGCUGAUACUCCAGCUGGAGCGAGGAGAGGCACCGUGGGGCCUGGAUCCCUGGACACCCAUGGGGGGAGAGGCCCCAGGAGAUGUCCGCACAGGUGGUAAAAACAAGACUGCGAAGGAGGAGCAAACCCCAAGGCCGGACGUUUCUGGAGCAUCGGCGGCCCAGAGACUGGCGGUGGAGGGGCUGCUCCCGGACGGUCCCCAGCAGCCUCACCUUAAAGCCAGCUUGGAGGAGCCACCGCUGUGUGACCUGGGGGCGGACACGGGCUCACACGGCGGGGGUUUCACGGACCGGCUGGUGCAGGGGUACAGACCCUCCACCAGGGAAAGGGAGGAGCCAGCCAGCACACCGCAGGGAAGCGCCGGUGUCCGUGUCCUGACGAAGCCGGGCCUGCGCCGGGGACCGGCGGUUUACGCGUGCGGCGAGCGCGGCCGGUGUUUCGGCUUGCCUUCAGACCUGCAGCGGCAUCAGAGCGUCCACACGGAUGACAGGCCCUUCGGAUGCAAGGAGUGCGGGAAGGCCUUCAGGUACAGCUCCAAGCUGGCCCGCCACCAGAAGAGCCACACCGGGGAGAGGCCUUACUCGUGCCAGGAGUGCGGGCAGGCCUUCGGCCAGAAUUCCCACCUCCGGCAGCAUCGGAAACUGCACGGCGGCGACAAGCCCUACGCGUGUCAGGACUGCGGGAAAACCUUCAGCUACAACUCCAAACUCCGCCGCCACCGGCGGGUCCACACGGGGGAGAAGCCCUUCCAGUGCGAGGCCUGCGGCAAGGCUUUCCGGUGCAGCUACGACCGCCUCGUGCACGAGCGAAUCCACACCGGGGAGAAGCCCUACGAGUGCCAGGCGUGCGGGAAGAGCUUCAGCUCCGCGUCGGUGCUCGGCCAGCACCAGCGAACCCACACCGGGGAGAAGCCGUACGCGUGCGAGGAGUGCGGGAAGGCCUUCGGCCGCAGCUCCGCCUUCCUCCAGCACCGGCGGCUGCACACGGGCGAGAAGCUGUUCAAGUGCACCGAGUGCUGGAAGACCUUCAGCUGCAGCUCGCGCUUUGCCGUGCACCGGCGGGUGCACACCGGGGAGAGGCCCUACGGCUGCCAGGAGUGCGGCAAGGCCUUCAGCCAGAAGGUCACGCUGGUCCAGCACCGGCGGCUGCACACCGGCGAGAGGCCCUACGAGUGCGCCGCGUGCGGCAAAGCCUUCAAGUGGAGCGCCAGCUUCGUCCAGCACCGCAAGCUGCACGCGCGCCGGGGGGCGGUGCCGGGGCGGGGUGGCAACGAGACUUCAAGACCGCCGCUAGACCUCUGCAACGCUGCCACCUGCAGCGAGAGGGCGCCGCUGUGCAAACGGGGCGCGGGGGCGUCCAGGACCCGCGCACCACACGGACGGAAACGUCCAGACUUCCUAGAGGGGGAGGAGGGCUCCCGCGGUGCUUUCGGCUCCUCGCCGGUUCCUGGAGACCCCGCGCUCCCCCAGUGCGGGCGCGGCGGGACUCAGGGAGCCGAUUCACUGAUUCGAGGCCCCUCGGCCCUCGGUGGUCUGGACUGGCCAGCCUUGACCUGGAAGUGCCUGGCCGAGGAGGCCCCUUACCUGCGCCCCGGCCCGCGGAGGGGCCUCCUUCGUCCUCGGGAGCACCUGCCGCGGCCCGUUCCCUGUUGCGCCUGGGUGUUGGCGUCCUCAGCUUCCCGGGGGACCGACCCGGUCAGCGCCCACUGCCACCCAGCUGCGCGCUUGAGCAUCUUUUUCCUGCAUUGA